GUCACCGAGUGGGUGUGUGGGGAGCGCUUGGAAUUGACUGCGGCGCGAGACCUUGAAGAGGCACAACGGCUGCAAGCUGUGGCCAUGACCAGUUAUUUGGCCAUGCUUCUGGAGACUGGAUCACUCCAUGCAGACCCACAUUGGGGAAACCUUCUGCGGCGAGAGGAUACGCCCCGGGUUGGGAUGGACUUGGAGAGGAUCCGGGCGAUCCGCGAUUCCAAGUCAAGCGAAGAUGGAAAGAGGGAUCUUGGGAUUGUACCCUUCAAUGUAGCACACAUCACUGAUGCAAGAAUGCAGAUGAGAAACGCGCAACUGAUCAACGAUUUGACGAGUCUUCACCAUUUUCUUGUACAACUAGGAACAAACCCAAAGAACUCACCUCAGAAGUUGCCCAUGGGCUGCGCCGUGGGGUCCGAAGAAGCGCCCAUGACGAGUGUUCAGCAGCUGUUGCCCAAGAGAGGGCUCCGCGUGGGUCUCUUUGGAAGCACCCAGUUCCAUGGCGCCGAGUCGCAAGACUUCUGUCAGGUGCUGGGCACGAAGUUGGCCCAGCACUGCGGCCGGGAGGUGGUCCUGCUGACGGGCGCCAACGCGGUGGUGCAUGAAGUGGUGGCCAGAAGUUUCUGGGAGGCCAUGAAUCGCGAGGCGGAGGUCUUCCACUUGGCACCCAGGAACUUCAAGUGCAAGUUCGACUUUGGAAAGGUGCUGGUUGCAGGGAGCGACAAUUUGGAACGCCGGAAGAUUCUGGCAGAGACGUCGCAGGUGGCCAUUUCGGUCGAAGGUGGUCCAGGUACCGCGGAUGAGAUUCGCCUCGCUCGGGCCGCUGGGGUGCCGGUGCUGAUGGUCGCACGGACGGGAGGUGCUUCGCAAAGUGAAUACGAAGCGGCUCCCAAGCCAUCACAAGCAAGCGAUGCGCAGUGGAAGCUGCUGGCUGACAGCUCAGUCAGUGUCGAAGACACUGCCACCGCGGUGGCGGAGAUUGUGGUGUCGAUGAUGUGUGGUGAGAUGCACCAUGAGCCUCCAGAGUCAGACUGGGAGAGGGCCGAGAUCUCCUCGCUCCUGAAAGAAGCUCAGACUCUUCGGUCACAAAAAGAGCAGCUGGAGGCCCAAAUCGCGCAAGCCGAGGAUGCCAACGCCAGCCUCCAAAGUUGGGGCGCGUCCAGAGUGUCCACGGCUUUGGCGAACUCCAUCAGUUUCUCAGAAAGACCCAGCCCUUUGAAGGCUGAGGAAGUUUUUGAGGACGAGGACCGCUCCGAGGUGCUGUUUGCCUCGCAGCAAACGUUGCAGAUGGAUCUGGAGAUCUUGCGCGGCCGGUUGGCGGAGGCUGAGGCCGGUCGCAUCAGGGGGCACGAGGAGACCCUGGCGUUCCAAGUGCAGGAGGAUCAGGCCAAAGAACUUGCCCGACUCCUGUACGAACUGCAGGCAUUGCAGGGACAUGUGGACAAAAAGAAUUCGGAGCUGAUGGCGUUGAACCAGGAGAACAAUGAGCAGGCUUUGUUGGCGCUCAACACGGGUCGUGCAAAGCUUCAGGAGGAGAGCGAUGCCCUGAAAGAGGAGAUGCUGGCUGUUGCUGAGGCCAUCCCCAAGGCAGCGCGGAAGCAGCAGCAAGUCAUGCAGGAGGCCCAGAGAGCGCAACGAGGAUUGCAGGAAGCACAGGACCUUUGGCAUGCGCAGGUGAACAUCACCCGCAACGCUCUCAAAGUGGAAGAGAACGAGCUGGCCAAGCUGUCGGGAUGUGUGGGAUCCUGGGGCUGGGUAGGCAGGGCCUCCUUGGAUCUGAGUGGCAAAGUGGCGCAGCUGCGCUCGGAGUAUGGUCGACUGUUGAACUGGCAGCAGGCUCAUUCUGCCCAGUCCGAGAGCGACCCCUUUGGUCUUGAGGCCAUGGCCGCUGAGCUGAGACGUCGCAUCCAGAGACGGGGCGCCACAGCAGCGGGGAGAUGUGGUGGAUCAGUUCGGCUGUGCCUUCAUAGCGGCUAUGGAGAAAUGCAGAAGUUUGCGUCAGAGGAAACAGCAUCGCGUCGAGAAAUGUCGGUUUAUCAGUGA